AUGAAGUCAGCCAUUGUCAAGAUGGACAUCUCGGUCGAGAUUGUCGAUAUCGAAGUUCCCAAGCCCGGCCCCGACGAGGUGCUGGUUAAGGUGAUUAUCGCAGGCUCGAACCCCAAGGACUGGAAGCUCGCCGGGAUCCUCCACCGCGAAAUGAACAGUGGAGACGACGUUGCGGGUCUUAUCGAAGCCGUGGGCGAAAAUGUCGUUGGAUUCCAUCCAGGCGAUCGCGUAGCUGCUUUUCAUAAGAUGGCGACUUCUAAUGGGGCUUUUGCUGAAUAUGCUAUUGCACCAUAUUACACCACCUUUCAUAUCCCAGAUUCGCUAUCCUACGAGGACGCCGCUACGAUUCCCCUAGCGGCCUAUACCUCUGCUUGCGCUUUGUUUCAGGAACUCGAGUUGCCUGAGCCGUGGUCGCCGAUUGCCAAGAACGCAGAGAAGAAUAAUAUCAAGCGCCCUUUAAUCAUCUAUGGUGCAUCAACCGCCACCGGUGCCUUUGCUAUCAAGAUUGCUGCAGCUGCUAAUAUUCACCCUAUUAUCGCGGUUGGUAGCCAGAGGAGCAGCUUUAUCAAGUCUUUCCUCGAUGAGAAUAAGGGUGAUCAGCUGGUUGACUAUACUUUGUACAAAUCAGAUGACGAGCUUAUAAGGGCGAUCCAGGAGGCUGUGAAGACGGGCGGCGCCCCUGAUGGUCGCUGCUGGAAGGCAUAUGACACUGUUUCUGAGGAUAACACAAUUGCCUUGGUGACUAAGGCUAUCGCUGGUCCGCCGGAUGCUUCUGGUAUCAGGCCCAAGGUAACCAACAUCUUUCUCAAGACUGAGGCUCCAGGUUCUGAUCCGAGCGUCGAUAUUGUCUUCUCCAUGGUCGGUCAGGUCCAUGAAACUAGUGAGAAUGAUAAGAUGAUCGGAGUGGUUUGGGGUGCUGCAUUUGCCCGUGGUCUCCACGAGGGCUGGUUCACCCCCCACCCUUGUGUGGUUGGAAAGAACGGUCUAGAGGGUCUUUCUGAUGGCUUAAAGGGUCUUAAGGAUGGUACAAUCCGGGCUCAAAAGUUCUUGACGCGUAUUGCAGAUACUCCCGGCCUGAGCAACUAA